AUGGGCAAGGAUCUCGCCGAUGCGCACCCGGUCGCCCGGCGCACCUUUGACGAAGUGGACGCUGCGCUCAACGACAAGCUCAGCCACCUCAUGUUCAACGGUCCACUGGACAAGCUCACUUUGACGGCGAAUGCUCAGCCUGCCAUUCUUGCACAUUCAAUCGCCCUGCUAAGAGUGAUCGAGGUCGUCUUGAGCGGCUCUGAAACUGCCGUAGCACGUGUUGUGGAUGCCGCACUUUUCAGCAAAGUGGCUCGCCGAUCGGUCGACCUGAACAUUUCUGCGCCCUUCCACAGCCGAUGGAUGGCGCCUGCGGCGGAUGCUCUUCGUCAGCCCCUUGGCCGCAUCAAGUGGCGCGACCCAAUGAGUCCGGUGAUUUCGAACGUGACCGCCGCCGAGUGCACGGUGGGAGAGGAGUGGGUGGAUCUGUUGCUUCGACAGGUGACAGCGCCGGUUCUCUGGAGCGCUUCCGUUUCGCGAGCUGUAAACCACUUCAAGAUUACCAACUUUGUCGAAUUGGGUGGUGGCACCACACUCAAAGGCCUCAUCUCGCAAAUCGAUCCUUUGGCAGUCACCAAAACGACUGCCUCGCUUGAAGAAUUGGAGCUGUUGAUUCGAGAUUUAAAUGCAUCUUAG